AUGGACGCUGCACAGAGGAUACUCAUGAACGAGUUCAAAGAGUUGAACAAGGAGAAGUGGACGAAUAUCGAGCUCAUCAACGAGAAUGUAUUCGAAUGGAGUGUUGCACUUAUUGUACUCAACGAGGACUCCAUGUACUACGGCGGCUACUUCAAGGCGAAAAUGACGUUUCCUAGGAACUACCCUCAUAGCCCACCAGGAACAGUGGCUGACGAGGACACAGACUUCAAGUUCGUUCGCCCCCUGUAUCACCCCAACAUCUACCCCGACGGUCGCCUGUGCAUCUCGAUCCUGCAUCCGCCCGGCGAUGACGCCAUGUCUGGCGAAACCGCAGCAGAGCGCUGGUCACCUGUACAACGUGUUGAGACGGUACUCAUAUCCAUUCUAUCCCUCCUUGAUGACGCCGAAGUCUCAUCACCCGCCAAUGUCGACGCUGGAGUGAUGCUCCGUAACAACCCAGCCGAGUACCGUGAGAUGGUGAACAAGGACCUGGAAUUAUCCAAAAAGGACAUACCUGCAGAUUUCGUCAUGCCGACACACGAGACGGCAUGGAGGAAGAAGGAGGACGAAGGCGACUUUGACAUGAGCUGGGAAGACAGCGACGUCGAGAGCUUUGGCGGCAGUGAUAGCGAUAUUGACAGCGACCUAGAAGUGGACUCUGAUUCCGACGGCGCAGAUGACGAGGAAGCCGAGGCUGACGAUGACAAGGAUGAUCAAUGA